AUGUUAAAAGAGGAGUUACUACCUAAUGGGGCUGAUUUGCCAAAUUCAUAUUAUGAGGCAAAGAAGAUUAUUCGAGAUCUUGGGCUUUCUUACAACAAAAUUGAUGCUUGUACUAAUGAUUGCAUGUUAUAUUGGAAGGAUGAUAUCUUACUUGAUUCUUGCAAAAUUUGUGGUGCGUCCAGAUGGAAAGUGAAUAAACAUACCGGGGAAACAAGGAAUAAAAAAGGUAAAAAGAUAGCCUCAAAGAGUUUGCGUAAGCCGAACAGAAUACGGACUUGCUUGCUCUAUUUGAUUCAAGACCUCUUGCUGUUGCGUCUCUAUUUUCCAUUAAAGGCUAGGCUUCAAAGGUUGUUUAUGUCUACAAAGACAUCUUCUCUAAUGACAUGGCAUAAGGAUGAAAGAAUUAAUGAUGGAAUAAUGAGGCACCCAGCUGAUUCAAUGGCAUGGAAGUCAUUCGAUGAACUUCAUCCUUCUUUUGCAAUUGAGCCCCGUAAUGUUCAACUUGGACUUGCUAGUGAUGGAUUUCAGCCAUUUCGCAAUUCAAAAAGCUCACAUAGCAUUUGGCCUGUGGUUCUUAUUCCUUAUAAUUUACCACCUUGGUUGUGUAUGAAACAGGAAAAUUUUAUCUUGUCAAUGCUUAUUCCUGGUCCAAAUGGUCCUGGAGAUGCAAUUGAUACAUAUCUUCAACCUCUAAUAGAGGAAUUGAAGGAGUUGUGGGAAGUUGGUAUUGAGACCUUUGAUGCAUCAACUAAACAAAAUUUUAAGUUGCAUGCUUCUUUGUUAUGGACUAUCAAUGCCUUUCCAGCAUAUGGAAAUAUAUCUGGAUGGAGUACAAAAGGAAAAUUGGCAUGUCCAUCUUGUAAUAAAGACACUUCCUCAAUUCGAUUGACUAAUUGUAAGAAACAGUGCUUUAUGGGUCAUCGACGUUACCUUCCCAAGGAUCACAGAUGGAGGAAUGACAAGAAGUCAUUUGAUGAUACAAUAGAGAAAAGGCUCCCACCGAAAACAUGUUCUGGAAUUGAUAUACUUAAUCAAGUGCAAGAUCUUGAAGGGGAACCAUUAACAAAGGAUCCAAAGAAAAAGAGGAAGAUAUCACAUGAAAAACGAAAUGAUAAUUGGAACAAGAAAAGUAUCUUUUUGGAACUUCCAUAUUGGAAAUCUCUCUUGUUGCGACAUAAUUUGGAUGUCAUGCAUAUUGAGAAAAAUAUAUGCGAUAAUAUUAUGGGGACAAUCAUGAAUGUCAAAGGAAAGACAAAGGACACAAUUAACACUCGGUUAGACUUGAAGGAAAUGAACAUUAGGCCAGAAUUGCACCCUAUCCAAAGAGGGGAGAAAGUUGAAGUUCCAACUGCAUGCUACACAUUGUCGCCUGAAGAUAAACACAAGUUAUGUCUUUUCUUGAAGAAUUUAAAGGUCCCUGAUGGGGCAUGUCCAGAAGGUUCUAUUGCAGAGGGCUACAUUGCAAAUGAAUGCAUGACCUUAUGUUCAAGAGAGUUUGCACAAAAUCAUAUAGAUAAUGCUCAAAACUUGUCAGAUGCAGAAUGGGACCGAGAAUUUAUUGAAUGGUUUAAAGAUAGGGUUGCACAAUUGCAUAAAACAGAUAAUAGUCGGCUCAUGGAAGAUCUUCUCUCACUUUCACAUGGUCCUACUAAAUAUUCAACACAUUCUAAUGGCUACAUUGUUAAUGGAUACAGAUUUCAUGUAGAAGAUCAUGAUCAAAUGUUAAGGACUCAAAAUUGUGGUGUUGUUGUAGUUGGCGAGAAUGAUAAAAAUAGUGAGAAUGUUGAUUACUAUGGAAUUUUAACUGAUGUGAUUGAAUUGCAAUUUAUCUCGGAUAGAAGAGUGAUUUUGUUCCGUUGUAACUGGUUUGAUGUGUAUGACAAAAUAAAAGGAAUUAAAAGAGAUGAGUAUGACUUCGUGAGUGUGAAUCCGAGUAGAUUUUUGAAAACAAAUGAGCCCUUUGUUUUAGCGAACCAAGCAUCUCAAGUGUUUUAUGCUAGUGAUAAUUCCAACAGAGGUUGGCAUGUAGUGAGGAAGACUCAACCUCGUGAUUCCUAUGAGAUGGGGAAACAAAUGGAUGAUGAAGAUGAUGUGGUUGACUUAGAAAGUCCUUCACAAAAGAAACAAAAAACAACAGAUCGAUGA